AUGACGCUGCCACUGAGCUUGAAGAGCCUGGGCCUGAUCUGCCUGAUCUUGAGCCUGGGCCUGAUCUGCCUGAUCUUGAGCCUGGGCCUGAUCUGCCUGAUCUUGAGCCUGGGCAGGAGGCUGAUGAGCAGCAGCAGGAGGCAGAACAGUCAAUGCCUU